UUGUUUACCUUUUUUUCCCGCCAAUUCCGGAAAGCAUUUUUUCAUGUCUUUUGUGAUUUUGUGAAAUUGUGAAAAUUGUAAAGGAAAAACUAGUUCAAAUUUAAUUCAUAGCAUGGAGAAAAAACUUUUGACCAAGAAGCGGAAAGCCGUUCAGGAAGGGAAUGUCCAGCAAAUUGCCACUUGUUGCCACAGCCUGGGAGACUUCUAUCACGCAUCUGGACUCUAUGACAAGGCACUGGAGGCGUACCAGGAAGAAGCUGAGCAAUGGAAGAGCAUUACGGGUUGUCGUAUGAAGUAUGGGAUUGCGCACAGGAUGAUUGGGGAGAUGCUGAUACUCUUGGGUGACAUUAAUAAAUCCCUGAAGCACACGGGGCAGUACUUAAAGAUUGCCCAAGAGGAAAAGGACAGCAUUGAGCUGCAGAGAGCCUAUGCAACAAUUGGACGAGCUUAUCUUCUCAAGGGGCAGAAUCUCACUGAGAAAGAGAGCGCAGAAGUGAGAGCAAAAGCCCUGAAGGAAGCUGAGAAAGCCUUCUUGAAGAGUUUAUCCAUCUGCCGGGAACUCUGUGGGAAGAUCAGCAACAUCGAGCUGCAGGAUAUGAUGGCGAGGCUGUACCUGAAUCUCAGCGUAACACGAGAGAACUGCAACGAGGAGAUUGAGAAGAGCCUUGAGUACAUGACCAAAGCGAUAGCAAUCUGCAAAUCUCAUGAUCUCUACGAACUCCUCCAUCAGUGCUACAUGUCCACGGGAAUGCUGUACGAGGCGAAAAAGAAGGACAUUGGGAACUCUCUGAGGUACUUGAAUUUGGCUCUGGACGUGGCACAGAGGCUGGAAGCACGAACAGCCAAGAUCUGUGAGACACUCCUUAUGAAGAGUGAGGUGCUCAUUAAGGCUGGAGACUAUCAGAGUACCAAACAAACCCUCCACAGGGCGUACAAGCUGAGAUCCCCAAAUGAAGCAGACAGGGAAGUUAUUGAGCAGAAGCUGAAGAUUGUGGCAGCCCUGUGCUACACAGAGGACUCCCUGAUUACAGCCAACACCACGGAUUAUCGACGAAAGAAGGUGCUCUAUGAGAAGAUGGGGGAUGGAUCGUGUCGUCUGGAAAACUACGAGAAAGCUCUGAGUUACUACAAGAAAAUGCUCGAAACAGCUGAACUUUGCGGGGAGAGUGGGAAGGACUUAAUUCCCAUCUACGUGAGCCUCUAUCAGACUUACCGGGAUAAUCAUCAAUACACGGAAGCCCUCAAGUAUGCAUGGAAGGAGUACGAGCUGUGCAGCAAUGUUCCCAAGGAAGCCUUCCUGACGCUCAUGAACAUCGCCGAGCUCUCGGAUUUGGCUGAAAUGAGUUUCUGGGAAGUGGAGAAAAUUUUCCAGAGAGCCCGGAAGGAAGCUCAGAAAGCCAAGAAUAAACAAUCCGAAGCCUUGGCUAUGGAGAAGUUGAUGAUGCUGCAGCGGAAGCACGGAAUGGAGUCUCUAGCUGAGAUUCUGGAGAAGGAAGCACAGCUGGCUGGGAUGGAUUUGGCUGUGGUGAUUGCUGAGGAGGAAGAAAUAGCCGGUGAGGAUUCCAAUACUCCUGAUAUUGGUGAUGAUAUCUGCCUCGAUGAUCUCUCGGAUUCAGGAAGUGAAGAAGAAGCUGCAAUUCCUGCAGCUGCUGCUGAACAAAAGCGUCCCGUGAGGAGGAAAAGAACCCCCAAUGUAGUGAAGAGAAACAACAAAGGUGAGACACAGCUUCAUCAGGCUUGUAUCUCGGGGAAUGCGACGCUGACACGGAGACUUCUCGAUCAGGGGCAUCCGGUUAAUGUUCGUGACAACGCUGGAUGGCUUCCCUUGCACGAAGCUUGCAUCCACGGGCACAGAGACAUCGUGGACAUGCUCCUGGAGAAGAGCACAGCGACAAUAAAUGAUCGCGGAGGAACUUCCUGCGAUGGUAUCACCCCAAUGCACGAUGCCUGUUCCAAUGGGCACCUGGCCAUUGUGGAAUUACUCCUGGACAAGGGUGCCAAUGCAACGGUGAAGACUGAUUUCGGGGAAACCCCGCUGGACACGCUGAAAAUCUGGCGGGAAACUGUGAGGCUCAAUGAAACGGAUGUUGUGUUUUAUGAGACAAUCGCCCAGAGGCUUAGUAAGCUAAUGGAGAAGGCUGGAAUGAAUCCCAAGGCUGCUUCUACAUCCACCUUCCGCGCUACGGAAGCUCUCCUUGAUGAAGAUUCCAGGGAGAGUGAGCUUCCGGACAAUAAGGAAUCUCUGUCACCGCCGCCUGUGAUGGCAAGAUCUUCGAGACAUUCAGAAGGAUCUUCCCUGCUCUACAAGAGUGUCAUUGACAAUCUGAGAAAGAAGCCCGUGGCUGAGGAGCCAAAGAAUGGUGCGUUGUUCUCAAAGAAGAGAUCAGCAUACCUUAAGGGGGAUGAAGUUGGGGAGGAGGAUUGGCUUGAGGAUGAUCUUCUGCCCAAUAAAAAGCGCAGAAAAUUCCUCAGAGAAGGUCAUUCGGCGCCUUCAAAUGGCACCAAAGCCAGCAAAACCAGGAAAACCAAAUCAAUUGAGGAGGAUUCAGAGGAGCUUCCAGGAGAAAAUGUCAUGGAAAUUGAGGAUGAGAUUGAACCUAUUCUGAACACACCCUUCCUGAAUGAACGCAGACCCAGCAGCGACAGUUCAAAGAUCCAGAAGAAAAUCACUCAAUCUUCACUUCUUGAAGCGGGAUUCUCAAGACAAGCAAUAGAGGAGGAUUUUGAUGUGGACUUCCCCCUCAAUACAUCACCAACGAAAUCCUCAAAGUCCUCCACGGGAAGAUCAUCCGGUGUACCUGUAAUUGUGCACAAUAUGAUCUCCCUGAAGGUCAAAGUUGAUGAUCAACUGAUUGUGGUACCUGUGAAUGCAGCAGAAGUGUCCAGUUUGCAGAUUAAAUGGCUGGCAGAACGAGCUUCCAAGAGAUACUACAAUCUCAAUGGACGUCUUCCGGAUAUGCUGCUGACCACAACGGAUGGGGCAGUAUUUGAUGAUCAAGAUCCCAUAUCGCUUGUAAUUGACAACGAUCAGAAUCUCGUUCAUUCCCUCAUCAGCAAAUGGAAUGUCCUCUCACUGGCUGAGAGCUACAGGGAUGUCAUCAAGCAGAUUGAGCAUGUGGAGAACGUCCGAGUUCUCAGAGCUCUGGAAGUAGCUGAGAGUUCCAAUGAACUCAACUUGGCCGACUUGGAUCUCCCGCCAAAGGAAACUCGUCCCCUUUUCAAAGCCAUCCAGCACCAUGUGAACCUCUCAGCGAUAGAUCUCUCCAACAAUGUGAUUGAAGACGAAGGCCUGGUUUACUUCUGUCAAUCCCUGCAAUCACUCAAACACCUCACGGCUCUGAAUUUGAGCAGCAACUUCCUCACUGAGAAUGGAUUGCUGCGUCUUGCGAAUGUUCUGCAGGAAUCCCGAGAGGUGCUGCUGCCAGAACUCACGGAUCUCUCACUGAGCCACAAUCCUCUCGGGAAUGGGAGCAGGAAGUACUUGGCGGACAUUUGCGAGCGUCUCCCUAAACUGCGUCGCCUUCAACUCGCCGCGUGUGAUCUUACGGAGCUGGGAGACUUCAAUUUUGCCUUUGAGCGCCUCGAAAGUCUCGAUUUGAGCUUCAAUUGCUUCCGCGACAGUGAUGAGCUGCGCACAGUUUGGCGAUCACUCGACGUGACAAAGAUUGAGUGCCUGAAGAUGGCGUUUUGCAUUCAAACACCAGGAAUGGGGAAGUUUCUCAGCAAUUUUCUCCAAUCUGGCUCCCCGAGGUACCUCACAGAGCUCCAUUUACAGAACUGCCACAUAACGGAUGGGGAAUUCUGGAACAUCCUCAAAGCUCUCACCGGAAAGGAAAUGCAUGUGAUUGACUUGGCACAGAAUCCCCUGACCAUCCUAGCGCUAAAGUAUCUUCUAACCACAAGUAUCUCCGUGAAGCAUGUGAGCUUUCUUGGAUGCGAGAAAAUUCUCUGCAACAUUCAUCUUCUUGAAGAACUUCCGCCUCAUGUGGAGGAGCAGCACCCGGAAAAAAUAACUCUCUACGGAAAAUCAAUUGAAGAGGAUUCCAUUGAGCAUUUACGAACAAUCUGGACAUCCUGCUGGCCAAAUAAGGAUGCCCGAACCGAAAGGAAUCGCAACGUCAUCAUCUUAGCGUCAUCUUAAGAGUAAAUUUUAUUUUAAAAGAUUUUUUUUUGUUAGUUUUUAAGAGGAAUGUAAAGGUUCGUUUAUUUUUUAAGCAAUAUAACUUUGUCUAUAUGAAAAA